AUGUCCAUUUCUUUUAAAGAUAAAGUCGUGGUCGUCACCGGUGCCGGUGGUGGCUUGGGUAAGUACUACUGUUUGGAGUACGCUAAGAGAGGCGCCAAGGUUGUCGUCAACGACUUGGGUGGUUCUCUUUCCGGUCAAGGUGGCGACUCCAGAGCUGCUGAUGUCGUGGUUGACGAGAUCAGAAAAGCCGGUGGUAUCGCUGUUGCCGACUACAACAACGUUCUCGAAGGUGAAAAAAUCAUUGAGACUGCCGUCAAGAACUUUGGUACCGUGCACGUUAUCAUCAACAACGCUGGUAUCUUACGUGACGCUCAAUUCAAGAAGAUGACCCCUCAGGACUUCCAAUUGGUCAUUGACGUUCAUGUGAACGGUGCUUUCAAUGUCACCAAGGCCGCAUGGGAAUACUUCCGCAAGCAGGGCUACGGAAGAAUCAUCAACACUGCUUCCCCAGCUGGUUUGUACGGUAACUUCGGUCAGGCCAACUAUUCUGCUGCGAAGAUGGGAUUGGUUGGUUUCGCUGAGACUUUGGCCAAGGAAGGUGAGAAGUACAACAUCAAGGCCAACACCAUUGCUCCUUUGGCCAGAUCCAGGAUGACCGAGUCUGUCUUGCCUCCUCCUAUCUUGGAGCAGUUGGGCCCUGAGAAGAUUGCCCCAUUGGUCUUGUACUUGACUUCCGAGGAGAACCAAGACAUCUCUGGUCAGAUUUUUGAGGUCGCUGCUGGUUUCUACGCCCAAAUCCGUUGGGAGAGAUCUGGUGGUGCCUUGUUCAAGCCUGACGACUCCUUCACUCCAGAGUCUGUUGCUAAGAAGUUUGAGGAGAUCACCAGCUUCGAGGACUCUGGCAGACCCGAGGACUUGCAGGUUUCCCACCCAUUCAUGCUCAACAACUACGGUGUCUUGGCUGACCAAGCCAAGAAGCUCCCACCAAACGACAACUCCGGUGUCCCUGAGGUGUCUUUGAAGGGCAGAGUUGUUUUGAUCACUGGUGCUGGUGCCGGUUUGGGUAGAGACUAUGCCUUGGCUCUCGCUAAAAAGGGUGCUAAGGUUGUUGUCAACGACUUCAAAGACCCAUCCAAGGUUGUUGAGGAAAUCAAAGCUGCUGGUGGCGAGGCUCACGGUGACACUCACGAUGUUGCUACCCAGGCCAAGGAGAUCAUCGACAACGUUAUCGGCAAGUACGGUACCAUUGACGUCUUGGUCAACAACGCUGGUAUCUUGAGAGACAGAUCCUUCGCCAAGAUGAGCUGGGAGGAGUGGUCUCUCGUCCAGAAGGUGCACUUGAACGGUACUUUUGAAUUGACCAGAUUGGCUUGGCCACACUUCCUUGAGAAGAAGUACGGUAGAGUUGUUAACAUCACCUCCACUUCUGGUAUCUACGGUAACUUUGGUCAGGCCAACUACGCUACCGCCAAGGCUGCCAUCAUCGGUUUCACCAGAACCAUUGCCAUCGAGGGUGCUAAGAACAACAUUAAGGCCAACGUGGUUGCCCCUCACGCUGAGACCGCCAUGACUUUGACCAUCUUCCAGGAGUCUGACAAGAACUUGUACCCACCUAAGUUGGUUGCACCAUUGUUGAUCUUCUUGGCUUCUGAGCAGGUUCCAGUCACUGGUGAGUUGUUCGAAGGAGGCGGAGGCUGGAUCGGCAAGACCAGAUGGCAGAGAGCUAAGGGUGCUGUCAGCAAGGACGCUGUCACCACCGCUGAGUUUGUCAAGGACCAUAUUGGUGACAUUACCGACUUCUCUACUGGUACUGAGAACCCUGCUUCUACCACUGAGUCUUCCAUGGCUAUCUUGUCCGCUGUUGGUGACGACGAUGAUGAUGAGGACGAGGACGACGAGGAAGAAGAGGCCGAGGAAGAAGAAGAUGACGAUGAGGACCCAGCCAAGAUGCCCGACCCAAUCUUCUCCUGGAAUGACAGAGACGUUAUCUUGUACAACCUUGGUGUCGGUGCUCACCGUAAGGAGUUGAAGUAUGUCUAUGAAAACGAUUCUGAUUUCCAGGUUAUCCCAACCUUCUGUCACUUGCCAACUUUCAACACUGUUAAGUCUCAGGUUACAUUCUCUAGAUUGUUGAGAAACUUCAACCCAAUGCUUUUGUUGCAUGGUGAACACUACAUCAAGAUCAACAAGUUCCCAAUUCCAAUUGAGGCUUCCGUGAAGACAUCCUACUACCCAUUAGAGGUUACGCAGAAGGGUACCAACACCAUCGUCGUUCACGGCUCUAAGUCUGUUGACGUCAACACCGGUGAGGAGUACUUCUCCAACGAGGCUACUCUCUUCAUCAGAAAGUGUGAGGGUGACACCAGACAGUACGCUGAGAGAAAGACUUUUGCUACUACCCAGUUUGCUGCUCCAAAGACCGAGCCUAUCUUCACCAAGGAUAUCCACACUACUGAGGACCAGGCCGCUCUUUACAGAUUGACUGGUGACAGAAACCCAUUGCACAUUGACCCUGCAUUUGCCCAGGGUGCCAAGUUCGAUGAUCCAAUUUUGCAUGGUAUGUGUACCUAUGGUUUGACUGCCAAGGUCUUGUUGGACGAGUUUGGUCUCUUUGACGAGAUCAAGGGUAGAUUCACCGGUAUUGUCUUCCCAGGUGAGACCUUGAGAGUGUUCGCUUGGAAGGAAGGUGACACUGUUAUCUUCCAGACUCAUGUCGUUGAAAGAAAGACCAUUGCUAUCAACAAUGCUGCCAUCAAGUUGGUAACCGACGAGGCUAAGUUGUAA